GAUGCCAGGGGCCUGCUGGGCUACGCGCAUCGUCGGGGGGCGGGGCCUAGCCUCUCUGACCCAAUCAUUUGCUUCCACGUUCGACCGGUCUCCACAGCAACACAGAAUUCCCACCUUCACUUCCACUCCCUCAAUCGCCGGGGGAGAUCUAAACGAAACCGGAAAUGAGCAGAGUCAGAGGUGGGGGAAGUGGAGGAAUGAAGGGGACGGGACUUCCGACCCCGCCUGGGAAGUGACGGAACAGCCGCGGCCUCGGGCAGGUAGAGCGGCCGGUGACUCCAAGUGCCGACGCGGCCCGAACCCGGCCCGGGCCCGGGGGCGGCCGCCGCUUCCGGGGACAGGCCCCCGGGGGCGGGCGGCGGGGGCAGUGAGUUCCUCGCUUGACGAAGAGAAGCAAAGGCCCGAGUCCAUCACCUCCGACGUGAACUGGACAAUUGGCCUUCGAGGCCUGCCUGUCCCAAACCUAGGAAUCAUGUUUGCUGACAUGGAUUAUGAUAUUGAGGAGGAUAAACUUGGCAUCCCCACAGUUCCUGGGACCGUGACACUGCAAAAGGACUCACAGAACCUGAUUGGGAUCAGCAUUGGGGGAGGGGCACUGUACUGUCCCUGCCUCUACAUUGUCCAGGUUUUUGAUAACACCCCUGCAGCCAUCGAUGGCACUGUUGCAGCUGGUGAUGAAAUCACUGGCGUCAAUGGCAAGUCGGUCAAGGGGAAGACUAAGGUGGAGGUGGCCAAGAUGAUCCAGGUGGUGAAGGGAGAAGUGACAAUUCAUUACAACAAGCUUCAGGCUGACCCCAAGCAGGGCAAGUCCUUGGAUAUCGUAUUGAAGAAGGUGAAACACCGGCUGGUGGAGAACAUGAGCUCAGGGACUGCUGAUGCGCUGGGGCUGAGCCGUGCCAUCCUGUGCAAUGAUGGUCUGGUGAAGAGGCUAGAGGAGCUAGAGCGGACGGCCGAAUUGUAUAAAGGCAUGACCGAACACACCAAGAGCCUUCUUCGAGCCUUCUUCGACUUGUCUCAGACACACCGAGCCUUUGGAGAUGUCUUUUCUGUGAUUGGUGUCCGUGAGCCCCAGCCGGCAGCCAGUGAAGCCUUCGUGAAGUUUGCUGAAGCCCACCGCAACAUUGAGAAGUUUGGGAUUCGGCUCCUGAAAACCAUCAAGCCCAUGCUGACAGAUCUGAACACGUACCUCAACAAAGCCAUCCCCGACACCCGCCUCACCAUUAAGAAAUACCUGGAUGUGAAGUUUGAAUACCUGUCAUACUGCCUGAAGGUGAAAGAGAUGGACGACGAGGAGUACAGCUGCAUUGCCCUUGGGGAGCCCCUGUACCGUGUGAGCACUGGCAACUAUGAGUACCGCCUCAUCCUGCGGUGCCGCCAAGAAGCCCGGACGCGCUUUGCCAAAAUGAGGAAGGAUGUGUUGGAAAAGAUUGAGCUGUUAGACCAGAAGCAUGUCCAGGACAUCGUGUUCCAGCUGCAGCGUUUCGUCUCUACCAUGUCCAAGUACUAUGAUGACUGCUACGCAGCAUUGCGGGAUGCAGACGUCUUCCCCAUCGAGGUGGACCUAGCCCGGACCACCCUGGCCUACGGCCAGAAGGACCUCUACACGGAGGAGGAGGAGGAGGAGGAGGGGGCAGCGGCUUCAGGGGAACCCCAGGGGCCCCGAGGCUCUCAAGAGGAGAAUGGCGAGAAGCUUAUAGACAUGCCUGAGUGACCUCCUACACCUCCAGGUGGGGCGCAGGGCCAGGGACAGGCGGGGAGGCCAGGAGGGGAGACAUGGACCGACUGCCUAAGGUGACUGAUAAAGACCCUCUGGUGUGGGGGCCGACAUCUCAUCUCUGCUCCUCUGUCCCCCAAGGCCACUUGGGGAGCCCAGCCUGUUUCCCCCACCGCCAGACAGGGACCCCCAGGCAUUAUCCAUGCAGUGUCUCCUGCCCAAUUGGGGGGAGAAGGGAAGGAAUGAAAAGGACCCCUCCCCAAGGGUGGGGGUGGGCCUAGGACCAGGCCCUGAUUCCACUUUGGAUCUCCAGUGCUUCACUCAGGGAGGGGCCUCCUCCCUUCUCUUCUGCCCCCACCCUCCCUCCCAGUUUCUAAUCCUCCCUGGCAGGAGGGGGGGGAGGAGGUAGAGACCAACCCCACCUUCUCUCCCACCCCCCCAGCCCCCCACUGCCAGGGGUCAGGGCUGCCUUCCCUACCCUGUUUGCUCUUUGGCUCCUAAAACCAGCUGGGAGGUUGGGGAGGUGGCUUCACUCACUUAGCUUUUCCCCACUGGGUCUCCUCUAGAGUGGGCCCCCCCCAGGUUUCUACUGUGGUAUGGGGGUGACCAGACCUCACACUCAGGGGUGUCCCUUAUUUAUUAAGCUCUCCCUGCCCCUCUGCUUGUGCUCUGGGGCUCUGGUGCCUUGGGCUGGGGCGGGGGGAGGGGUCCAGGGAGUGGGUCGGGAAUCCUGUACUUUAAUAAAGAGAAAGCUGAAUUACGACUUUUCAGUGACUGCCCUUUCUGGGCUGAGUGAGACAAGCUGGAAACUCGAGGCAUCGGGCUCUUCCUUAACUGAACUUUACCGUACUCGCCUGGUUCCUGUGCCAGCGCUUCUGCCGGACUCCCCGUCUUCCCCGGGGCUGGGCCGGCCUCAUUCUGGAACCAGCUCUCACCCAGGGUAUCUGCGCUCGGCCACUCCCCAGCCCACUCUGGGCUUCCUCCUGCAGUCCGGCCUUUUCCUUCCUGGCUAGGCCUGCUGUCCUCCCAGAGCAGAACUUCGGUUAGGGCUCCACCUGCUGACUCAACACUCUGAGGAGCAUCCUGGCACUAGGACGUGUCUCUUUUUUAAAAUAGAUUUUUUGGGAUGCUUUUUGUCUUUAUUUCCUAGUCAUCUCCUCCUCUGUGUAUGUGCACCUUCCCGUUUCCCCUCCCAUCAGGCCGCCCUUAGUAAUGAAAAAGCAGCCCUGACCACAUUUCUUCCCAUAGUGCUCUUCUCUGGGGGCUGAGGGAGGCCCAUUGUCUCCACCCCUCCAGGACCGACCUCGGCCAUUACUUGCGUUUUUCCAUUUUUAAAAAGUUUGAUUGCUAUGCCCUGUUAAUUACCGUGGUUUUCCAGCAUCCCUUCCCAUCCCACAGAGCCAUUCUGCAAUUUCUUAAAGAGGACAAAGGCAAAGUAGCUUCUCAGUACUUUGUGCAGCACCCAUGGGCCCCACCCCACCCCACCCCACCUGAUUUUGCAACAUUCACUUUUGGUUUGUUUUUUGUGGCUCUUUGAAUUGGCAUUGUUGUAGUCGUCGUUUAGAUGGUUCUCAACCCUGCCCACUUCCCUCUGCAUCGGUCAGUUCAGUUAGCGCUUUCCAGGCUUCUCUGUAUUCACCCCACGUGUGAUUCCUCCUAGCAUGUCCUAUCCCAUUACAUCCAUCUGCUUUACCGCCUGUCUCCUUUGCUCCACCGUACACCGUGCUGCUUUCGCUGUUUUGGAGAGUGUGCGGACUUUCUUACUGAAGCCCUCCUUGGGGUCUUCAGACCGGGAAGGGUGAGAAACCUGGCGUGUCGGCCCACCAAAUAAAGUCAGACUUUGCUCAAA